GAAGGCCCCAAAGCAUUGGCAACUCAGAACGGAUUCAGCUCUCAGGAAUGUACAACGUUCGAAAAGGGAAAAUUCAUUUGCCAGUCAACAGAUGGACAAGACGCCAAGCUAUCCUUUGUGGGACAUGCUUAAUAGUAUCAUCGGUGAAAGAGAGCCAGACUGGAAAGAUGCAUGUCCUCCCUCUAAUUGGUGGAAAAGUGGAAGAAGUGAAAAAGCACCAGCACUGUUUAGCAUUCAGCUCUUCUGGACCACAAAGCCAGACCUACUACAUUUGUUUUGAUACGUUCACAGAAUACUUGCGGUGGCUUCGACAAGCGUCAAAGAUUGCAUCACAGCGCAUAAGCUCAGUGGAUCUGUCAUGCUGCAGUCUUGAGCAUCUGCCUGCCAACCUCUUCUACAGUCAAGACCUCACUCAUCUCAACCUAAAGCAGAACUUCCUGAGGAUAAACCCAAGCCCAUCUACAAGCACAGGGCUUGGUGAAUUACAGAGGUUCACGAAGCUGAAAAGUCUUAACCUCUCCAGUAAUAAUUUAGGAGACUUUCCAUUGGCAGUUUGCAGUAUUUCAACUUUGACUGAGCUCAACAUGUCCUGCAAUGCCCUGAGAAGUGUUCCAGUAGCUGUUGGAGAUAUGUACAAUUUGCAGACAUUUUUGCUGGAUGGCAAUUUUCUCCAGUCCCUCCCUGCUGAAUUGGAGCACAUGCAUCAGCUCAGCUAUCUGAGUCUUUCCUUCAAUGAAUUCACUGACAUUCCAGGGGUAUUAGAGAAAAUGACUGCCAUGGAUAAACUCUGUAUGUCUGGAAACUGCAUAGAUGCCCUCAACCUACCAACGCUGAGAAGAAUGCCUCAUAUUAAACACGUGGAUCUAAGAUUGAAUGUAAUUAGGAGGCUGGUGGCAGAUGAAGUAGAUUUCCUUCAUCACGUGACCCAGUUAGAUGUACGAGACAAUAAACUCUGUGAACUUGAUGCAACAGUUUUCAACAACAUUGAAGUGCUGCACUGUGAACGAAAUCAGCUGGUGACCCUCAAGAUCAGUGGAUAUUGUCUCAAAGGUCUUUAUGCCUCUUCAAAUGAACUUGUUCAUCUUGAUGUGUAUCCAGUUCCAAAUCACCUGACUUGCAUGGAUAUUUCUAGAAACCACUUGGAAAACCUGCCCGAAUGGGUUUGUGACAGCAGAAAGCUAGAAGUGUUGGAUGCUGGCCACAAUCAAAUUUGUGAGCUGCCUGCCCGGUUGUUCUGCAAUAGUAGCUUGCGGAAGCUGUUGGUGGGACAUAACCAGCUGGGGAGACUGCCCGACAGGCUUGAACACACACAGGUGGAGGUCCUGGAUAUACAACACAACCAGCUGCUUGAGUUGCCAUCUAACCUUCUCCUGAAAGCUGACAGCCUGAGGUUCCUGAAUGCCUCUGCCAACAAGCUGGAAAUGCUUCCCCCAGCCACUCUUUCUGAAGAGACCCACAGCAUCUUGCAGGAGCUGUAUUUGACCAAUAACAACCUCACAGAUAAAUGUGUGCCCUUGUUAACAGGCCAUCCACACCUGAAGAUUCUGCACAUGGCCUACAACCACCUUCAGAGCUUUCCAGCAAGUAAAAUGGCCAAGCUUGAGGAGUUGGAGGAAAUAGAUAUUAGUGGGAACAAACUGAAAGCCAUUCCAACAACCAUCAUGAACUGUCGGCGUAUGCAUACAGUGACUGCUCACUCCAACUGCAUCGAAGUUUUCCCAGAAGUCAUGCAGCUUCCUGAAAUAAAGUGUGUGGACCUAAGCUGCAAUGAACUGAGUGAAAUUACAUUACCUGAAAACCUGCCUCCAAAGCUACAGGAACUUGACUUGACAGGAAACCCCAGACUAGCUCUGGAUCACAAAACCCUAGAGAUGCUGAAUAACAUCCGCUGUUUUAAGAUUGACCAGCCCUCAGCCGGUGAUGCUUCAGGAGCCCCAGCGGUAUGGAGCCAUGGUUACACUGAAGCCUCAGGAGUUAAGAACAAGUUGUGUGUCGCAGCACUGUCAGCCAAUAACUUCUGCGACAACAGGGAAGCAUUGUAUGGUGUCUUCGAUGGAGACCGCAAUGUGGAAGUGCCCUACCUGCUGCAGUGUACGAUGAGUGACAUCUUAGCAGAAGAGCUGCAGAAAACAAAGAAUGAAGAGGAGUACAUGAUCAAUACUUUCAUCGUGAUGCAGAGAAAACUUGGAACUGCUGGACAAAAACUUGGAGGCUCUGCUGUCCUUUGCCAUAUAAAACAUGAUCCCAUGGACCCUGGUGGAUGCUUCACAUUAACCUCAGCAAACGUGGGGAAGUGCCAAACAGUUCUCUGUAGGAAUGGAAAACCUCUGCCUUUGUCUAGGUGUUAUGUGAUGAGUUACGAAGAAGAGCUCAAGAGGAUUAAGCAGCAUAAGGCCAUUAUCACAGAGGAUGGCAAAGUAAACGGUGUGACAGAUUCUACCAGGAUCUUGGGCUAUACCUUCCUUCACCCCAGCGUUGUGCCCCGUCCGCAUGUCCAGUCCAUUACUUUGACUCCACAAGAUGAGUUCUUCAUUCUGGGUAGCAAGGGACUAUGGGACAGCCUCUCUAUGGAUGAGGCUGUGGAAGCAGUCAGAAAUGUGCCUGAUGCCCUGGCAGCUGCGAAGAAGCUUUGCACUUUGGCCCAGAGUUACGGUUGCAAUGACAGCAUCAGUGCCGUGGUGGUUCAGCUCAAUGUGACAGAGGACAGCUUCUGUUGUUGUGAACUCGGUGGAGUCCCACCUCCCAGUCCAGGCAUCUUCCCCCAGUCAGUGAAUGUGGUCAUUAAGGACAGGCCAACAGAUGCUUUGGGAAUGCCGUCUUCGAGUAGUGGCAUGGCCUCUGAGAUCAGCAGCGAGAUCUCCACCUCUGAAAUGAGCAGCGAGGUGGGGUCCACAGCCUCAGAUGAGCCUCCUCAGGUUGCCAUGAAUGAGAACAGCCCAGCCUACCCCAGUGAGCAGCGCUGCAUGCUUCACCCAGUCUGCCUGUCCAACUCUUUCCAAAGGCAGUUGUCCAGCGCCACCUUCUCGAGUGCUUUCUCUGACAAUGGCCUUGACAGUGAUGAUGAGGAACCGAUUGAGGGUGUCUUUACCAAUGGAAGCCGGGUGGAGGUAGAGGUAGACAUCCACUGCAGUCGAACCAAGGAGAAACAGCUGCUCCAAGUGGCCGUGGAAGCCAGUGAUGAAGGCAUUGUCAUCAGCGCAAAUGAAGAUGAGUCUGGCCUUCCCAGGAAAGCUGAUGUUUCUGCCACUGGUACGAUUGGGCGCCGACGGGGCAAUGGCUCUGUGGCUCCCCAGGAGAGGAGCCAUAACCUGAUUGAAGUUGCAACAGAUGCACCACUCAAAAAAACUGGGGGCUACUUUGCAGCCCCAGCCCAACCGGAUCCAGAUGAUCAGUUUAUUAUCCCACCAGAGCUUGAGGAAGAGGUCAAGGAGAUCAUGAAACAACACCAGGAACAGCAGCAGCAGCAGCGACAGUAUCCAUUGGACCAGCUGCCAGACUAUUAUGAUACACCACUAUGACCCUGCCUGCUUACUGUUCAGAAACAAGCUAACAAACAAGAAGGUGAAGUGCAGGACCUGCAUAGGACUCAGAAUACAGCAGGGGUUUUAACUACGCUUCCUUUUCCCUAUCCUGCCACAACAAAUAACUGCAGCAUCUUUCUGUUUGUUAGUUUUUAAUAUUCACUGACUUUCUUCUAGAGAAUCUUACCAUUAAGAUUUAAACUAGUUAACUUCCCCCUAACAUAUCAAGUGUUUAAAAAAAAAUUAAAAAAUACAAAAGGUUUAAUAUAUUGCAGAGAAACAGAUGAUGAUGUAAUAUUUUUUAAAAAGGCUCAUUUUGUUUUGUUUGGAAAGCAGGGCAGUAUGCCAGUGCUAAAUGAUUAAGUAAUAUUGUAAUACUGUAUUUCUUUGAGAGAAAAAAGGCUUUUCCGGUCUUGAAAAUGAUAGACAUUUGUAGAAUAUGGAGACUAACUCCUAGGAGUUGCUUUACUCUUUCAGGUGACCUAAGUCACUGAGAUUCACUAAUUUUCUCUGAGAGAACAGUUGAUUGGGAAAUUACUGUAAAUAGCUCAAUGUUGUAUAGUGAUGCUUAAAAUGUUUUGUAGUCUUGGCAUAAGGACACAACCUGACAAACUGACAUUUUUUUUCUUAAAUGACUUUUUGGGCCAUGUCAUCCUACAUGGGGGACAGAGUGGCUGUACAAAUUACCUAGGGUUUAGGUGAUUCUUAGACCAUAAUAAAAACCCCAAUUUUCUUCCAGUCUGGUUUUUUCUUUCCCUUACUUUUACCGAUGCAUUUUAUUUGUGUUCCUUAUUGCUGCCACAACCAGCAUGAUUGUAUAGAGCUCAUUUUACUGUAGAUCAUUUACAUACCAAGAGUUAUAUUAAAGCAGAAUGCACAAAUGAACAUGUCAUAAUUUUUGUUAUAAUAAAUAUGAAAU